GGCAGUCUGUGUAAUCUCUGUAUAUAAAUGGGGAAGAAUUUGGUGAUUUUACUACUUAUUCUCUUGAUUCUGCUUCUUGGAUGUUCAUCAGCUUCAGCAACACCUACUGCAAAAGUGGUCUGUGGGGUUGUCACGAAUGUUGUCGCUGCUCUUUUCAAAUGGUUGGUAUCGCUAAAAUCUGAGAUGGAACCAGCUUUUUCCAGGAUUAAAUUUGAGAAAGGAUACAGUGUUGAAACUAUCUUUGAUGGAAACAAAUUGGGAGUUGAGCCAUAUUCUGUGGAGGUUUCGCCGGCCGGAGAGGUCUUCAUUUUGGAUUCUGGAAACAGCAACAUUUACAAGAUCACAACCCCACACUCUCUGUAUAGCCGGCCUAUGUUGGCCGUUGGAUCACCUGAAGGGUGCUCUGGGCAUGUGGAUGGGAAGCUGAGAGAGGCAAGGAUGAACCACCCAAAAGGGCUAGCCAUGGAUGACAGUGGAAACAUGUAUGUUGCAGAUGCCAUGAACAUGGCAAUCAGAAAAAUCACUGACACAGGAGUUGUGACAAUUGCAGGGGGGAAGAGGUUCCAAGGCGACAGACCGAGGGAAGACGAUGCAAAACUUUCAAAUGACUUUGAUGUAGUUUAUGUAAGAAGCAGCUGCUCACUUUUGGUAAUUGACAGAGGAAACCGGGCGAUUAAACAGGUCCAACUUCACGAGCAUGACUGUUCGGAUCAGUACGACAGCAAUCUCCAUCUAGGUGCAUCACUGCUUUUUGCAGCCUGUUUCUUUGGAUACAUGCUGGCUCUGUUACAACGAAAAGUUGCAGCAUUUUCCUCAUCAAUCCGCAAGCACAACAGCCCAAUCCGACCAGGCUUAUUUCCAGCAGAAGAUGAACACAAGAAACCUGCAGAAAACAUGUUUGUUUCCAUUGGAAGACUGCUAGUCAACACUGUUACUGAAAUGUUUGGUCGAAUGUUGUCUGGGUUUAGAAAGAAACCUCAUUUUCAGCAGAAUCUGAAUCUCCAUUACUCUCACAAGCAUCCUGAAUACUAUACAAAUACAAUUGGUUAUGAAGAUGACCUCCCAUUUUCAGACCUGAGAAACCCUCCACCAAGAACAUCAUCGUUCUCGUCGAUUGCCAAAGAUCUGGAGAGGUCUCAAAACCAUCAUCAGAAGAAACAGCCAUCGAGUCCUCAGGCUUGCACAGAACAAAGCUGUGAGAGGAAUGAGGUUGUGUUUGGGGCAAUUCAGGAACAAGAUGGCUGCGGUGAAUCAAUGGUGAUAAAGAAAGUUGAUUAUUCAGAUCCUGCUUAUAACCAUUAUAACAUCCGAUCCAGAUACAGCUGUAAUAUGGGGAGUUUCUGUGGCAAUUGAAUAGCUAUAUAUAGGAAGACGACAAGAUAGAAUUUGUUUAUACACUUUACAGAUGUGUAGCCAUAUAAGCUGUUUACGCCUAUUUCUCCGCUUUCUCCCCCUUAUAUAUAUACACAAUACACGCCUGUAAAGACCGGGAAUCAUUGGGCUCUCCGAGUCUCCGGAGACGGGGAGUCAAAUUUCAGUAACUUUCUCUUUACAAAUCAUAAAGCCCUAAUUGGAAUUAGGGCUUUUGACUAGUAAAGAUCGUAAAUUUGUUUUCUUUUCCGAUUGUUUUCUUCUGGGAUUGUUGAUUGAACAUGGCCGUUGAGAAUGCCACACUGGAAGAUGCAGAGGAGAAUGAUGAUUUUGAGGAACUGGCGUUACGGAGAAGGGGUUGUUGUUUCUGGCUUCCGUGUUUCGGCCGGCGGCCGGCCGGCGCCUGGGAGCGUAUCGCGACGUCGGAGAGCCAUAAAGAGGAUUGGUUGGGGAAGAGUACGAGUGCACUAAAGAAAGUUCGGGAGUGGUCGGAGCUCGUCGCCGGCCCCAAAUGGAAGACCUUUAUCCGCCGUUUCAACAAGCCCCGCUCCAAACCCGCCAAGUUCCAAUACGACCCCGUGAGUUACGCGUUGAAUUUCGACGACGGGUUCGAGCAGAGUGGUAAUCCGGAUGACGGCCAUCUCCCCCGGGAUUUCUCGUCGAGAUAUGCAUCGUUCCCGGCGACGGCAAAAUCGCCGAUGGACCUGGGCAAGGACGCGUCUUCAGUCACGUGAAGAUUCGCUCUCUUCACUGCCAAUCCGCGUCACCACCUGGACGAGAAUUGCGGCACAGAUUUCGGAGUUAACAAUGUUCACCCGAAUCUUGUCGUUUGACUUUGUCAGCACAUACUGACCUCUGCUCUCCCAGUAGCUUUGUCCUUUCUUCCUUCUAUUCUAUACUUUCAUCCUCUAAAGUACUUUAUUACUC